AUGCGAGCGAAAAAUUUUUGCGUCCGAUUCUGCACCGACAUCUCUGAUUUUAUUGUGCAGAAACUGAAUUUUCCCCCGACCCAGCUCAAACACCUCCAAAUCAUCAACGGCCGUGUCUACGUUGGAACUGAAUCCCCCGAAAUAGCCCAGAACAUGGUUCAGAGUCAUAACAGGCAGCACGAGCUGGUACACGACGGAAAACUCUACCGCAUUCCUCUUUCCAUGGAGGACAAUACGGACAAAUUCACUCUGUGCGAGAAGAGACCUGGAAAGAUUUUUGGUCCGGCGUACCCAACGGCGUUCUGGAGCCUCCGCGGUCUACGCGUUUACAAGUGUGAGCUGAAGCAACUGAUUGCGGACCAUCAACCUGCUGUAAUAGCCAUCCAAGAAACUGUGGUCAGCGCCGAAACUCUACCCGCAGAUUUUAUUGGAAAGGAUAACAAACUACUGGUUGAAAGCGGCCUCAGCUAUACGUGGACACAUGGGGUUGGCCUGGCAAUGCACGAAGGGAUCCAUUUCGAAAGACUCCAGAUCCAGACCACCUUGCAGGCGAUAGCGAUUCGCACGCAGAUACCCACAGCUGUUACAGUGGUAUCAAUCUAUCUUCCGCCUAACUCAGGACACUUCGGUGACCAGCUGGAAGAGCUUCUCGAGCAGCUGCCUGAAUUAGCUUUGAUACUAGGAGACUUCAACACACAUCGCGAUGCAUGGGGAUUCUGUCGUGCAGAUUCCCUCGGUCGGUUUAUUGCCGAAAAAGCUCUCAUGAGAAAACUCCAGCUGACUACGGAAACGAUAGAUCGCGUGCUUAUCAACGAGUUGCGUAGUCAGGACUUGCUGGUGGACAGUUUGGACAUUUCGCCAGCAACAUCAAGCGGCGAUAACUAUAUGAGCGACGUGUUUCGCAUUCACGUCCAAUUCCGCAUUUCGUCAACAGUGCAAACCGUACAGAAGAUAUCGCUGGUAGUGAAAUGCCUGCCAAGCACCGGCAGUCGAGGAUCGGUCAUCGAAGAGAUGAUCCUAUACGAACAAGAGGCGGAGAUGUUUCUAACUGUAAUUCCACAGCUGUCGAGAAUCGCGAACAAUGAAUUCUUUGCCGCCAAGUGUUAUCAUGCCACACGUGUUCCAGAGCGGAUGCUGAUUUUCCAAGAGUUCAAAUCGCUGAAUUACACCAUGGCUAAUCGUCUUACCGGGCUGGAUUUCGAUCAUUGCGCGUUGAUUAUGAGGAAAAUUGGGAAAUUUCACGCCGCAUCGAUGCCGUACAUCGAGCACCACAUGGAUCUGGUGGAUAAGUUCUUCCACUUUAACAUAUUUAAUCCUUCAGUGGAGAAGCAAUCCGAAUUAGUCGAUGUGAUUUUCGAAAAGGGUUUGCGUACCCUUAUUGAAGUGGCUGAAAGCAGCUGGGAUAAUUUCGAUCCAAAAAUACUAGCGAAACUAAAGAAACUACUACCGAAUUAUGUAUCUAAACUUGAAGCUUGCUUAACGCAAAAGUUUGAUGACGCUUUUAACGCUUUUAAGGUCUUGAAUCACGGAGAUUUAUGGUGCAACAAUAUGCUUUUCAAGUACAGUGAAAAGUCAGGUAAAGUGACAGAUGUAGUUUUCGUUGAUUUCCAGAUAAGCUUCUAUUCCAGUCCGGGAUUGGAUCUAAACUAUGCUAUCGCCACUUGUCCUAAUCUAGCAACUCGGGAUCGAUCGGACGAAUUGAUCGCUAUUUAUCAUCAAGCACUGAGUGAAACGUUAAAAUCUGUUCAUUAUCCGCGAAUACCAACCUUGAAUGAUGUGUACCACGAGAUCCGGCGAAUGGAAUUCUACGCUCUGGUCUUGAUUCUUUCCAUCGCAAUGAUGAAGAAGACGGAUUCGGCAGAAGCCAGCUUCGAGGCAUUUUGUGACGAAGAAGUGGCAGCGAAAGCUCGUCGGAUUCAGUACAGUGGCAAAACGUUCCAGACGAUAGUGAAACCAAUGCUUAAGCAAUUUGAUGAAAGAAAACUGUUGGAUGUGUAGUUGUGAAACAUGACCAAUAAACAGUAAUGUCGGAAGACAAUAUCCCACCGGAGAAAGAAA